AUAAAGGACUGCCGUGUAGAUUCCCAAACUAAAAGAAGAGUCAAUACGGAAAAACUGAGGAGGCUUUCAGUUCUCACUGGACCCUGAAGAUAUCUAGUCAGAGGCAGGAACCUGCAAUCAAAACAACACUGACAUCAUGUCCCAGCACGCAGCCUUGACCAGCUUGUUUGGCGAUGACCCUUUCUUCAGUCAUGAACAGGUGCUGUGGCCUCUCAAUAUUGAAGCCCUGUCUUCUCUCCAGCGAGACUUCUUUAACCGGAGAGCCAAACUAGCUGACAGCCUCCUGAGCCAGCUCUAUGAUGGGCCCCAGCUGCUCAACUUCAACCAGAUGCCCCUAAUGUCUAACACAUUGAAGCGGCUGAGUGAUGAUGAAGAGCAGCAGAGAGAGCUUUCCACUACAGAGACCCACAAGGAAGUCCAGCCAGCUAAAGAAAACAACGGUGAUCUCCUGGUGACACUAGAUGCUCGCGGUUAUGCCCCCAGUGACAUCACUGUCAAGCUGGAAGGCCGGUGUCUGGCGGUCGUGGCCAUGAAGGAGGCCGGAGCAGAAGAGAGCCAGUCCUGCUCUUCUUCAUCCUCCUGUGCGUCCUUCUGCUCCUCUGCAUCUUCUCAGGCAGGGUUCGCCCAGAAGAUCGACCUGCCUCCUCACCUGGAUCUGUCCGGCCUCUCCUGUUCCCUGAUGGAUAACGGACAGCUGCGUAUCCAUGCCCCUGUGGCUAAGCAAACAGCUGGAGAGGAACGCCAGGUACCCAUUCGUUUCAGGACAUCGCUGGAGUUUCCCAUCAAAAAGGACGACACAGAGGAAGAACAAAGAGACUAGUGCAUAUGUGCCCCCAAAACACACACACACACACACACACACACACACACACACACACACACACACACACACACACACACACACACACACAAGCACAUUUUUGAUGAGUUUAUUUAUAUACAGCCUUCCACAACAAAAAGACUCUACAAUGAGUAAUGUUUACAAUUAUUAGAUAAAGACAACUUUUUAUUUUAUAACAAUGUGCAAUUUGUUUUUUCAACUGUAAAAAUGAAAUAAAGUGUCAAAUGGAAAAUAAUAUCAUGUAAAAUUGGCUUUUGCUGAGGACUACUGUGACCACAUGAUGGUGCCAACAGCCUACUCACACGAGGAGAAUGAAGGAGUAAAAAGAAGUCAGCAGACACAGAUGGAGGAAGAGAACAAGAAGAAUCCUAAAAGCUGGCAUUAACUCCCCUAAGGUGGCUGAAUUACUACCCUUAAAAGGUUCAAGUGACAUUUGGUUUCCUGGGGCGAAGUUAUUUGCCGGCGUGCUGGAGCUGGUGACAAACAAAAGGAGCAGUUUAACAUUUUAUGAGUCCUACCCUGAGGGUGUCAUGAUAGAGAAGAGAAGAAAUAAAGGCAUUAUUAGAAAAGGUGAACAGAAUAGAGUGAAAGGGAACAGAAACAUUGGCCGUUUCUGAGGGAUUAGUUUAACCAAAUCCUAACCUUACUUUUUCUUUUCUAUGAUAAUACCUUUAAUUUGUUUUUUUCUUAAAGAUCUGCUGCCAAUGCAAAUAAGAUAACUAAAUUUACUUCAUGAUACUAACUUGGGCUUUAGGAAAACUGCACAAAAGGUAAUAUCUUCGCCAAUACCCUACCAGACAUAACCAAAAUAAGAAGAUAACAUUAUUAGAUUACUAUUAUUAACAAUUGUACCACAUGAGUCAAUGAGACUUUAUCAGAAUGUUGCAAAUUUAUUAAAAAUCAGGAAAUCUUUAAGAAAAGUUUCUUUAUGCUUUGAUGUGCUAUUCUAAAAUUUGGUCUUCUUUGGUUUAAUUAUUCUUGUAGUUGUUGACAUUGCCAACAAAGACACACACAUUUGUGUAUGAAAGGUCAAACAAUUGCACUGCAUGCCAGGAUGAAAAUCAAUCCACAAAGUCCAAAGCACUCCCUGAAGACUUCUGCAAUUAUCUGUAGUGAGGUAUAGAUCAGGUCGAGGGUUAAGAUCUAUUUCUGCACCCUUAAGUGU